UGUUUGAAGUGACAUCUUGUUAUUUCCCAAUUGAUUUCACUCCACCUUCAGAUGAUCCAUAUGGAAUCAAAAAAGAUGAUUUGGUGAUGAGUUUGCGAAAGUGUCUUGCUGCUACAAAUCAGUUUGCCCCGUUCUGCUUUCCACUUCUUAUGGAGAAGCUAUCAUCUGACAUCACUGAUGCCAAGAUUGACUCCUUAUUGACCCUGUCAUCUUGCUUGGAAGAGUAUCAUAGCAAUUAUUUGGUUGAGCACUUGGAGCCUCUUUGGACAAGUAUUAAAAGUGCAGUUUUCCAUGUGGGGAAUCCUGUGUUAGAGGAUGCUGCUCUGGCUGCAGUGACAAGCAUUGUUAAAAACCUCUGUGGAUCUAUGGAUGAAAAUACUAAGGAGAAAUAUGAUGAGUUUCUAGAAAUUAUCCACAAGGAUUGUAGUCAUCUGACUGGUAGUGACGUUAAGCUGAUGAGGCAGUGUGGAAGAAUUUUACAGGCUGUGGCUCAAGCAACAGAGCCUGCUUGCCACAGAAUUAUUGAUUGGACCUUUCCUCUGUUGCUGGAACAACUCACACAGGACAUUGAGGUAUCUCAUAAAAAGAAUAUUAUUCACAUAAUUACAAAUCUUCUUAGAGCUGCCAAAACCUUUCACAGACAUCCUGCUGACAGCCCAUUGAUCAAAUACAAGGAGGCAGUGUCUACUACAUUAUUUUCUUUCCUGGCAAACUGGAGCUCCACCUUAUGUAGUGUAACAGUGGAGUGUUUCAUGGUUCUUGUUGAAUUAGCAGGACUUUUGACAGAAAAAGAGGUGCAGUUGCUUGUUGAGCAUGUUACAUCCAUAGUACUUGGGAGCAAGGAAGCUUCUCUGAGCCAUAUUAGCUCUGCUGCAUUGUCACAGUUAUCCAGGAAUUAUCCUGCCAUCAUCAUUUCCACUGUGCUACCCCUGCUGGAGAUGCAUCUUAAAGCAGAGGAAGGGUCAGCUAUGGAUAUUGACAACAAUCAACCCCUGACCACCCCUGUCAGUCACCAGUGUGUCCUUAAUACUCUGGGUGCUUUGUGCAUGGAUGAGUCAAUCAUUCAUGAAGUAAUCCCACGGCUUAUUGAACAUGUGCAGCGCUUGUGUAAUGAAAUGAAUUCUCACAAAGACUUUCAGUCCCAAGUUUGUGCAGUCUUUCAGUGUAUUUUGAAUAUUGUAGAAGGAUCAAUUCAGAAGGGAAUAACUUCAGCUGCAUACUUCAAACAAUCUCUUGUCCCUGAUAUCAUGAAGAUUGUUCUCAAAUCAGCUUUGAGUGAUCCUAAGGAGAGAACUACUGGAGCCAUUUCAAAGGAUGUUUUAGACACCAUUGCUGCCAUUUUAAGGACUGUGACUAGUAACUUGGACAUCGAAGCGGCACGUAAUCUUCUCGAAGAUUUUGUUGGGAUAUAUCUGGAUGGAAACUCCUCCUUUCUCCAAGAAACAGUUGAUAAAAAAUGUUUGCAAUUUGAGUCCACAUCACCAUGGGAACAAACUCAACUUGUAUCACUGCUAACAGCCACCUUAUGCUCUGCAAGACGGGAGGUUACCGUCCCACGACAUUCAGAACUCAUUCCCAGGCUUCAGCAAAUAGCAUGCCAUUGUGAUUAUAGCAGAAGUGCAGAGAGUGGGGCUCAGUGCCUUGCCGGGAUUAUUAACAAGUUGCCUGAAGGUGAUGAAUUAACCUCGGUAGUAAAUGGAUUGGUGAGCAAGAUAUGGCAAGUCAGUGAAAAAGAGGGUUCACUGAAACGAGCCACCAUAACUUGGCUCUGGUUGACAAAAGCCUUAGUCAUUCGGUCGCAUCCAUUGGCGCCUUUAUUUAUUGAUAAGAUUUUGAGCCUAUUGGUCGAUAAAAAUGUCGGACGUGCAGCAGGAGAUGGUUUUUACAUCAUCAUGGCGGACUAUGAAGAGGUUAUGAGCAUUAAAAUGCACGUGAAUUACAGGAUGAUGUAUCGUCAACGACUUUUUAUGGAGACGUCUCCUAAGUUGAUAGGAGGAUUUCACUCUGCAAAACCAGAAUUCAAGCACCAUUACCUCUGUGCCUUGUCUCAUCUGUUACAGUGGAUACCUAAACAGGUUCUGCUCAGUGAAGUGCCAAACUUGAUGCCGUUAUUGGUUCAGUCCUUGUCUUGCGAUGAACAGAGUUUAAAGCUGUCCACUUUACAGACUAUGUACUCACUAGUUUUGGAUGCGCCAGAGAUUAUCAGUCGUCAAGUGACUUCACUGGUUCCCAUGCUUCUGGGUUUGACAAAGUUUCAACUCUCAAUGAAAGUUAGAAUGGAAGCUCUCAAGUGUCUUGGAGCUUUGACAACUUUACCUCACCACGUGGUCUACCCCUACAAAACCAAAGUUUGUAAAGCGCUUGCUGAUUCAGUCGAUGAUAAGAAGAGAUUGGUCCGGAAGGAAGCCGUAAAAUGCAGAAAUGAAUGGUUUCUUCUUGGAAGUUCCGUAAGAUAACGUCGGCUGAUUCGUGGUCAAUACAAUGAACAAGUGGAAGAUUUUACCAGUUCUUCAUACCGUUGACUCAGGGCAGUGAUCAGGCCAAACUCGUCAGAGGAGGGACUGGAGAUGAACUCCCAAUUGAUUCCAUGCGUGAAUUCGCAAGAACGUUCUCCACAGUUGGAACGAUGUGAACUUCUUUGGUGAAAAUAAUUGUGCGAGCGAUAUGAGACGAAACACUUGAGUUAUCAACAGAUAUUUAUCAACUGGAAUGAAAAUUAAUAUAACUAUUUACACGAGAGUAAACGGCUUGAUCCGUAAUUUUUCUGGGAACAAGGAAGUGGUUGAAGACGCGCAGGAAAUGUUGCAAACUCUGUACUCUGUAGGAAUAUAGAUGUCCCCAAGCAUUGGUUAAUAAUUAUUGAAAAAGAGAGUGGUAGAAAUUAUCAAAUUAUUGUUAUGUAAACUUCAUUUUACAGCUAAAUAUGAUUCUGUUAAAUAUACUCGUACUCGAUGUAAAAGGCUAUUCACAUUACUGAACUAAAGGAAAAUUCUUACAAAAUG